GCGACGACCUGUCUGCCGUCUGGUCAACAACGCCGCGCGUCUGGUCCUCUACCGACAGCCGCAGCAGAGCACGAGCGGCCUCGCCACAAAGAAGAAAGCCGCAAGCGCCUACCGAGAGAGGCAACACAUCCAGCGCAAUGUACCAUGGCAGCCGCUUGAAGGCUCGCGCGCGUCCGACGAACGAUAAAUCCUGAGCUUGUCAGGGGGUUCCAAAAAUUGCCGUCUGUGUCGACGCAGCGCGAGAAAGUGUCGGCAGAAUGCAUCCUUUCGCUGGCUACCAUGAGGAGCGCCAGCUACUUGGACGUUCUGACCUGAGCAAUCCCGUACUCCGGCGACGCCACGAUACAUGUACCCCUCCGUCGCUCGCCCAAAGACGAGAGACAUCACUGAGUGCACAUAAUCGUGGCUGCAAGCGCAAGCGUAGCGCCUCCACCACUGUCAGUUCUAUCGCCGAGGCGAUGAAAGAGAGUGAGCAGCUUCUACGACACCACGUAAGCGCCCGCGAUGAACACAGACCCACUGACCGCGGGCUACGUGUCCCCUUAAGGUGUCCACCCGCGGUCAGCCCGAGCACUGGCAGGUCUCGCCGACGCUGUCCGGAUUGCCUACCCGACAACCCGGGCAACGGCAACAGUGGCGACCUGUCUACCGUGGCCUGAAAACGACGACACGUCUGUUCCUCAGCCGACAUCCGCAGCAGAGCGCAUGCAACCUCGUCUCAUAGACAAGGGCUGCAGGCGUCUACCAAGAGAGGCAACACGUCCGGCGCACUAAUGGGGUCGUGGCAG